CCCGCAAUUCAUAACAUGGGAAAACCCGGACCUACUGGUCGGGUCAAGCAAAACGUCCAUCACCAAUAGCCUUUCCUUUACCUACCCCGUCUCUCCUUUCCUUUCUUCUUCAACAUAAACAACCUCUUCAAAUCAAAAUGCUUACCAAACCCAUUACUUUUAGCGACCACUCUAUCCUGAAUACCUCUCUUAUCUCGUUGCCAACAACCUCUGAUUCUCAUUGGAAGCUAAUUCCAUGGCUUCCACUGCAAACACAUUCUCCCUCUCUCUCUCCAAUUCUUCCACUUUAAAGCCUAGAAGAAACUUAACCCAUUUUUGUCUACGUUUCAACAAUCCAAAUGGUAUCUUUCUCCGUUCAAAGCGGGUCGGGCUCCCGGCGUUGAGUUUGAACCGAAUUGGUUCAUCGAGAAUAGUUGCUAGUUCUUCUGCUCAGGUUAUGGAUCAAUCAGUUGCUGCUGCAAGUUCUAAAGCUCCUACUAUUGUUGAAGUCGACUUGGGUAAUCGGAGUUACCCCAUCUAUAUUGGAUCCGGACUUCUUCAUCAACCCGAAUUGCUUCAAAGACAUGUACAUGGAAAGAGAGUGCUUGUGGUGACUAAUAGCACAGUAGCGCCAUUGUAUCUUGAUAAAGUGGUUGAUGCAUUGACUAGAGACAAUCCAAAUGUUUCUGUUGAGAGUGUGAUUUUGCCUGAUGGUGAAAAGCACAAGAACAUGGAAGUUCUUAUGAAAAUAUUUGAUAAAGCUAUCCAAUCAAGAUUGGAUAGGAAGUGUACGUUUGUUGCUCUUGGAGGUGGUGUUAUAGGCGACAUGUGUGGAUAUGCAGCUGCUUCUUUUCUUCGUGGUGUUAAUUUCAUUCAGAUUCCUACAACUGUUAUGGCACAGGUGGAUUCUUCUGUUGGAGGGAAAACUGGGAUAAAUCACCCCCUUGGGAAGAACUUGAUUGGAGCAUUUUACCAGCCUCAGUGUGUACUCAUAGACACUGACACACUAAACACACUGCCUGAUAGAGAACUGGCAUCAGGUUUUGCGGAGGUUAUCAAGUAUGGGCUCAUUAGAGAUGCUGAAUUUUUUGAGUGGCAGGAGAAGAAUAUGCCAAAACUAAUGGCAAGGGAUCCAAGCGUACUAGCUUAUGCCAUAAAGCGUUCAUGUGAAAAUAAGGCUGAGGUUGUAUCCUUGGAUGAGAAGGAAAGUGGACUCAGGGCAACAUUGAACCUAGGUCACACAUUUGGCCAUGCUAUAGAAACCAGUGUUGGAUAUGGGCAAUGGCUCCAUGGAGAAGCUGUUGCAGCCGGCAUGGUAAUGGCUGUUGAGAUGUCAUACCGCCUUGGUUGGAUUGAUGAUUCUCUCGUGAAGCGAGUCCAUAGCAUUCUAGAACAGGCAAAGUUACCCACCUCCCCACCAGAGACCAUGACUGUGGAAAUGUUCAAGUCUGUCAUGGCGGUUGAUAAAAAGGUAGCUGACGGACUGCUAAGGCUUAUCUUACUGAAAGGUCCUCUGGGUAAUUGUGUAUUCACUGGUGAUUAUGAUAGAAAGGCCCUCGACGAUACGCUCCAUGCAUUUUGCAAGUCGUGAUUCCAUUUUGGGCAAUUUUAAUUCCCAGCCGCAUGCAAUUGUUGUAUCAGAUGUGAUUUUUGUGUUUUGAUGAUCUUACUGGUAUUCUUUGCUCAGGUCAUCUUCGCUAGCCUAUGGUUAUUGAAUUGUAAUUUUAGGAAUUAUGUCAGGAUCAAUAAAUAUGGGUCGUUUCCCUUUUCUUCUUUUA